CGUUAACUCAUCAGGAACAAACCAUACCGUAGACAAAACCUUAGUUCGUGAAAACAAAAAAUCAACCGCUAUCGUCCACCUUUCCCACAAAUCCAUCCUGAUCAUUUGAACCAAAGAAGCACAACCUCGUCCACUCACCCCCAUCACAAGCAGUCCCUCAAUUUCAGACCAAACACCCACCGGUCAACCAAAACCAAAAACCACAAACCACCUACCAAACCUCCAAAAUGGCAACAAACAGCGCAGCAGGCAACGGCGCAAUCCAAUCCCCCUCCUUCUCGCCCACCGCCAACCCGACUUUUGCCUCUCAAGGCCAAGGCCAAAAAUCAUCAUCAUCCACAAACCAAGAAGAAGCUCCCUUGCCCUCAGACAUCAAGGCACAAAUUCUAGGCAACAACCCCAACCACACAACGACAUCCGACGCUUCGACUUCUAGUAAGGGUGGUGCCCAAGAAGGAGGAAAAGGAGCAAGCGAGCACGCGCCCGGCUCCAGCACGCAGGAGCAGGGGGUUGCUGCUGAGGAGGAGGGCUGGAGUGAGGAGGUGAAGGAUUUGGAGAGGAGGAUGGGUGAUGGGCAGGGAGGGAGCGGGUUGGGACGUUGAGGGACUUGCGAUCUGGCAUGAUAAGGUUAUGAUAUGGGAAGGAUGAAG